AUGACACAAGGAUUAACAAAACUUACUAAGAAAUCCGCUAAAACUCGUCAUAAGCCUGUUCAGUUAAAACGAGGGGCACGUAUAAUUUCUGCUAAAAAAGCAUCGAUACGAAAAGCACAGAAUCUUCAACGGAUGUUAACAAAGUCUAUUAAUGAAAAAAAUGAGGCAAUCUUAGCACAACGCGCUGGUUUUUCUAAAAAUUUUUCAUUAAUUAAAAAACAAAAAAAGAACAAUUUAUUAUUUCGAACAAAGCAUAAAACAUAA